UGAUUUCUCAAAGGAAAAAAAAUCUACUGAGAAUAUUGAAAAGUGAAAACUGUUUCUAUGUACUGUAAUAUUCGGAAAAGAAUAAAAAAAAAAAAAAAGAAGAAAGAAACUUCACUACUUGUCAUUGUGUUCAAAUUUUGCGGUCUUUUUUUUUUUUGGUGGAUUUUUUUUGUUGUUGUUGCAGAGUCUUUGGUCAAUCCAAGGAGCUCUUCUACAUUAACAGAAACUCCUAAGGCUUAGAUACAAGAGAGUUAAAAGGAAGAAAAAGAGAGAAACAGAAAAGGAAAGAUAAAGAAACAUUUUCAUUCCUUUCUUUAUUAACAUUAAUUCAUAACCCUGCUCUUUCUCACAACAAUUAAAAAAAAAAUUUGGGUUUUCUUUUUUCUUGCAAGAAACAAUCUUUUUGUUGCCUACCAGCAUAAAAAUCAGCUAUAGAAGGUAUAUUUGGGAAUAUAUAUAAGAGGAAAGUUCUUGAUCCGAAGAUCUAUGGUAGUUGUGGGAACCAUUUGUAACUGAAUCAAGAUAUAAGGUGUUUUUUUUUUUUUUCCUAUGUUUUGAGUUGGUGAUGAGCACAUUUUUGCUGUGAAGAUUGUUUAUUGGAUCCUAUGAUAAGGUCUCACAAUGGUAUCACUGAACAUGGAGAAGAAAUGGGUGUUUCCCCUUGUGAUAAGUUCUCUCAUAUGCAUGUUCCUUCUUGUCACUUCCUUCAAUAUGGGGCUUGUUUCUCCAGUUUACAAAAUCAAUUCAAUCUUCUCCAUUUUCCCGGCUCACAUUUCUAUGAAUCAAAGAAAACCGGAGUAUGCUGAAUCGAAGAUCAACCUAGGUUCGCCACCUCCUCCUGCUGGUCCAACGAUUCCACGUUUUGCUUAUUUGGUUUCUGGAUCAAAAGGUGAUCUGGAAAAGCUUUGGAGAACACUUCAUGCACUGUAUCAUCCACGGAACCAAUAUGUGGUCCAUUUGGACCUUGAGGCAUCUGCAGAAGAAAGAUUGGCACUUACUUCCAGAAUAAAAAACCAUACAAUUUUCUCCAAAGUUGGGAAUGUUUAUAUGAUCACCAAGGCUAAUAUGGUUACUUAUAGAGGGCCUACCAUGGUUGCUAAUACUCUCCAUGCUUGUGCAAUUCUUCUAAAGAGAAAUAAAGAUUGGGAUUGGUUUAUCAAUCUCAGUGCAUCAGAUUAUCCUCUUGUGACUCAAGAUGAUCUUCUUUAUGCAUUUUCGGCUUUAAACCGGAACCUUAAUUUUGUUGAGCACACAAGCCAGCUUGGUUGGAAAGCGGACAAAAGAGCAAUGCCUUUGAUUAUAGAUCCUGGACUCUACAUGUCAACCAAGUCUGAUAUAUUUUUGGCCACACCAAGAAGAACAUUACCUACAGCAUUUAAAUUAUUUACUGGUUCAGCAUGGACAGUUUUGUCGCAUUCAUUUGUGGAGUUCUGUGUUUGGGGUUGGGAUAAUCUACCAAGAACUCUUCUGAUGUACUACACAAACUUUGUCUCCUCCCCUGAAGGCUACUUUCAGACUGUCAUAUGCAAUGUUCCAGAGUUCGCUAAGACUGUUGUCAAUCAUGAUUUGCAUUAUAUUUCAUGGGACAAUCCACCUCAACAGCACCCGCAUGUCCUUACCCUUAAUGACACAGACAAUAUGAUUACGAGUAAUGCUGCUUUUGCUCGGAAAUUCAAACUAGACGAUCCUGUCUUAGAUAAGAUUGAUAAGGAUUUGCUUGGCCGGGCACCAGGAAGCUUCACCCCCGGUGCUUGGUGCUCUGGCAAACCAAAAUGUUCAGAAGUUGGAGACUUGAACAAGCUCAAGCCAGGUCCAGGAGCUCAAAGGCUUCACCAACUCAUAGCUAUGUUAGUUAUGAAAGCUAAUCUCGGUCAAGAUCAGUGUACAUAGGUUUCAUGAUGAGGAAGUUCAAUCAAUGAGGCAGACAACAGCGGAGAAAAUUGUAUCUAAUAGAAAAUUUCUAAUAAUGGCAUUCCUCAUCUGGCCUAAUCUCGAUUAUAAUUGAAGGUGAAUCUUUGUCUUGCUGCAAUCAUAGGAAUUGAAAAGUAUAGCCAUAUUCAGGAUCAGAAAUGGUACUCGAUACCCCACUUUUGGUAGAGACUAAUUAGAUAAAAAAAAAAAAAAAAAGCUUUAUACUUCCGUAUCUCA